UGAUUAAAUGUCCGAUAUGGACAUAUGGUGAAGUUUGGAACGAAGUAUAAGAUGUGCAGCUUUCUUUUCCGGACAUGUAUUCGCACUUGUUCUAGGAACAAAAAUGGACUGAGAAAAUAUAAUUGCAGCACCAAAGUUUCUUUAGUGGAUCUGAGAUCACAUGCGCAGCAACAUUUUCUAGGACAUGAUCAACAUUAUGCUACAAAUUUCAUAGAAAAAACAGUCGGUGCUAAAAUUUCAAGAAAUGAAGGAUGGAUGACGUUAAUAUGCGGUCAAAAAGUUGACUGGUUUGGAUCAUGGAGAAAAGCAAGCUCUUCAAAGAACUUUCACAGAAAUUUUGCAAUUUCUAGGAAAUUUCACAUUAGCAGCCACCCAUCCAGUAAUAAUUCUAAGAAAAUUGGAGAAUGGAAAGAGGACAAAAUAUUCACAGUACCAAAUAUUCUGUGUUUUGGAAGAAUUCUGGCAUCACCCAUCCUUGGAUAUUUUGUGCUCUCAGGAAAUUAUCUUACUUCACUUAUCAUUCUUUUAGCUGCUGGUUUUACUGAUGUGCUUGACGGUUUCAUUGCCAGAAAAUAUCCAAGCCAAAUGUCAUAUUUAGGCAGUGUUCUGGAUCCUAUAGCAGAUAAAAUUCUUGUUGGUGUGUUAACUGUUUCAUUGUCUAUAGCACAUCUUAUACCAGUUCCUCUGGCUAUCAUUAUACUAGGCCGUGAUAUUGGAUUAAUAUUUGCAUCCUUUGUUGUGAGAUUUGUAUCCUUGCCUGCACCUAAAACAUUCAUGCGUUUCUUUGACUUUCAACUUCCCACAGUUCAAGUAACACCAUCAUUGAUAGGAAAAGUGAAUACUGCUUUACAAUUAGCUUUGAUAUCCUUAUCACUAGCUGCACCAAUCUUAGAUAUCACUGAACAUUCAGGCCUGCUAGCUUUACAAUACACUGUGGGUGUCACAACAAUUGUCUCUGGCUUGGACUAUUUUAUAACAAGACGUGGUUUCAGUGUUCUAGGAAAAUAGUGAACAAUCUGAUAUUAAAGGUCUAUUUGUAAAUUAUGACAACAAUUUGAUUAAAAAGGAAGAAAUUAAAAUUUUUUAUACCAUGUGUUCAAAUACUGGUUAUAGUCACUGGUGAUAUUAAUAAAGGACUAGUAACAUAUAUCUUAAUCCAGCUGCAGCAGUUGUA